CGGGACGCCGACGCCGUCGUCUCCUUACUCGAUUUCCCAAUGUAACCCAGAUCGGACGAAAUCAGUGCGACAACUCCUAUGUAUUAAUAUAAGUGACAAUAUUUCUUUUAUCAAAAAUAUGCCAAAAAUAUAAAAACACUUCUUCCUUCUCUCUCUUACUAGUUAUCACCGUCUAUUUCUACAAAUUGUUUUUUAUUUUAGUGUAAUAAUAAUGUGGUCGGUUCAUGAUUUUUGGCUACGAUAAUACGCGUGUGUAAGUGUGUGUGUCAGAGAGUUUCGAGGGUGGAGUGAGACACUUUUCCAGAAAAUGGGCAAAUGCCAGUCUCGCGAUGUAGAUUCUGGCUAUUCGCCGUCAUCCUUAUUUGCUACAUUAUAGGGGUCGUCAUUUUAUCGGCCAUCUCCCUUCACGGAAUCAAAAAUGGAAAUGUCGCUUCUGGUCAGCUUGAAGGGUUCGAACCCGGUGCCACCCCUGAACUCCUGCAGGUCCCCAAAAGGCUCAAGGGCAGCGUAGAUUACAAAGCGGCUGCCUUCAGACCGGUCCUGCAACGAUCCAAAAUAAACUGGUGCAGCGAGUUGCAAUUCAUUAAAACUGAGGAGGCCAGAAAGCGGAAACCGGUUGCUUUGGUUAGUUUCCCUGGCAGCGGAAAUACUUGGCUCAGGUACCUCCUACAGCAAGCUACAGGUUUUUAUACUGGAUCUGUAUAUAAAGAUUAUGGAUUGUUGAAGAAUGGAUUUCCUGCUGAAAGUGUUACCACCAGUGCGGUUCUAGUGGUAAAAACGCACGAAUGGGGCCAGAAAUCCAGAGAUAUGUUUUCUAAAGCAAUUUUACUAGUGAGGGCCCCGGAUAAGUCCAUACAUGCGGAGUUUAAUCGGCAAAGUGGAGGACAUAUUGGGUUUGCCUCUUUUGAUAGGUACAGGAGAAAUAAGGGAAAAUACUGGCAUCAAUUUGUGAACGACAACUUAAAAAACUGGCAACAGCUCCACAUGGACUGGCUUCACAACUUCACCGGGCCGAUAAAAGUGAUUUUUUACGAACAAUUGGUGAACAACACGGAAAACACCCUCGCGUCUGUGAUACAUUUUUUGGGGGUGAACGUUCCUAAGAAAAGCAUGGAUUGUGCCAUGGAACAAAAGGAAGGGAUUUACAGGAGACGUAAAAGAUUCCUAAAUUUCAAUCCCUUUUCUAACGAAAUGAUGUUGAAAAUAAAUGAGGCUAAAGAUAAGGUUUAUGGGGCUAUAAGUAAAUUAGCCAUUAGAGAAACACGGUGAUCCCCUGGAAUGUUGUUUUUUCUUAGUAAAUUGUUGCAGUAUGGAUAACUAAGCAGUAUUACAGUGGUUUUAGUCGUUUAGGGCCAAUAUCACUAAUUUAAAUAUGGGAUUUAGGGUAAUUUUAUUAGUUUAAUAAGUAAAACUGGAUUAGGUGUAUUUGUAAAGAGGUUUAUUAAGCAAUUUUGAAUAUUAGAGAAAAUAUAUAAAAAAUAAUUUUA